AUGUUUAAUGUUAGUGCCACUUUAAAUGUUAGUCGAUUACUUUAUAAUCCAAGUUUAUGUUUACCACAUUCAAUAAUCAAAUCAUUUGAUCAAUUAUCAAUUCCAAUAUCAAUUCCAAACAACUCAACCAGUCAGAUAAAAGGAGUUGUAUUGGAUAAAGAUAAUUGCUUUGCCAAAGAUCACGAUGAUAAGGUAUGGCCUGCCUAUCAAGACACUUGGAAUAAACUUAAAGAAACAUAUCCAAAAGAACAUUUAUUAAUCGUCAGCAACUCAGCAGGAACAAAUGACGAUAUAGAUCAUGUCCAAGCCCUCAAAUUAGAAACAGACACUGGGGUAACUGUAUUACGACAUUCAACCAAAAAACCAGGUUGUUUACCUGAAAUCAAAGAAUAUUUUGCUCAAUUUGAUAUUAAACCUCUGGAAAUUGUUAUAAUUGGGGAUAGAUUGUUUACGGAUAUGAUGAUGGCAAAUAUGAUGGGAAGUUGGGGGAUUUGGGUAUGUGAAGGGGUUGAAUUGAGUCAGAAGGUUUUUCCAAAAUUGGAAAGACAGGUUUAUGAAAGAUUAGUGGGGACUAGACCUGAAAAUCCUUGGGUUCCACCUACUCCAAAUGAAUAA